AUGAUGAACAUUUCAAAAUUUGAAAAUUUACCUAAUGAAUUAAUAAUUGAAUGUUUGGAAUAUUUAUAUAUAUUUGAUACUCUUCAUUCACUCAAUGGAUUAAAUGAUCGUUUGGACAAACUUAUUCGAACUGUACCAUUAAAUCUUAAUUUUAUUCUUGUUAAUAAAAAAAGAUUAGAACAUUUUUGUCAACAUACAUUAUUAUAUCCAGAAAUAAGGGAACAAAUUUAUUCACUACAUUUAUCGAAUGAAAAUCGAUGUGAUCAAAUCGAAACAUUUUUAGCUCAUAUAUCACUCAAUACAUUAAACAAUUUACAUACAUUAAUUUUAACUCAUAUUGAAAAAGAAAAUCUUAUUCAAUUAAAAUCAAUGUUAUCAUUAUCAAUAAAUUUAUGUUAUUUUAAAUUGAUCUCAUCUCAAAUUGAUGAAGAUGAAUUAAUAGCUGUUCUACCAUUAUCAAAAUUAGAAAAAUUAUCAAUUCUAUCAUUAAGAUCAUUUUUAUUAUAUAUUCAACAACCAACUAAAAUUAAAUAUUUAACAUUAUUUAAUUGUUCUUUAGAACAAAUAAUAUGUAAAUUAUUUCCGUAUGUUCCUUUUUUAAAAUAUCUGAAUAUUAGUUAUGUAUCUAAAUAUAAUCGAUCAAUAAAAGAUAUUGAUAUUAUUAAUAAAUAUAAAUGUAUUAAUUUACAAACAUUAAUUAUAGGAGAGUUUAAAUAUAACUUUGAAGAUUUUGUUAUCUUAGUUCAACAUAUACCAAAUUUAAAAAAUUUAACAAUAUCAACAAAUUAUAAUAAAACAAUGAUUAAUGCAUUAAAUUGGGAACAUUUAAUUGAAUCUUCAUUACUAUAUUUAAAUAUUUUUAAAUUUAAAUUUUCCUUUAAAAAAAUAUAUAAUAAUGAAACAUAUUUCGAACAAAUGAUGUUUUUUCAACGUAAAUUUUGGAUUGAACAACAUCAUUGGUAUACACAAUUAAUAUCAAAUCAAUAUUCAAUAUGCAUAUACACAAUACCUUAUUUGUCAAAUACAUUUAAAUUAGAAUCGGAUACUGUUAUACAUUAUAAUACAAUUUUUACAAUGUCAAAUUUAUUUGAUUAUAUAACUCAUUUAACAUUAACUGUUCAAUCUAUAAAUGAAAAAUAUCAAUUUUAUUUUCCAAAUAUUAUUUCAUUAACACUUAUUAAUUCAAAUGAUGUGUUAAAUAAUUUUUCUGAACAUAUUGAUUUUAUUCAAUAUUUAAAAAUGAUUAUUAAUUUAUCAAAUUUAAAACAUUUAGAUAUUUCAAAAUAUAAAAAAAUUAUUUUAUCAGGUAAUUUAUUAGCUAUCAUGAAGGAAACACCAAUGUUAAAUUCAUUAAAGAUUAAUUCCAUCGAUUUAAUGUUAUUAUAUAAUAAUGAAGAAUUGUGUGAAUAUUUGAUAAUGAUGAUUAAAAAAUUAAAUAUACAUAAAUAUAAUCUUUGUUCAUUAAAAACAUUUGAAGAACUAAUGAUCUUUCAUACAGUAUUUCAACAUAUUACUAGUCUUCAAUGUAACAUCAAUAGUUCAGAACAAUUCUCUUUUAUCUUAGAACGAUUCCCAUCUUUAUCUACUUUAUGUAUUUAUAUGUCGUCAUCAUGUUAUAAUUUUUAUGCUUAUAAUUAUCUUGAACAAUUAUCAUCUGAAUGGCGUAUCAAGUAUCGUACUAAACAGGCUUAUAAAAAUGUAAAUGAAAUUUCUAUAUGGAUUAAUUGA